AGCGUCAGCGAACAGACCCCCCGCGUUCUAUUUUAAAAUCUUAGCUUAAACCUAACGCUAAUCUCAAAUCUCUCUUUCUCUCCGUCUCAAAUUCUUGAUAUAGCUGCUGAAUUCGCAAACCCUAGCUCACUCUCGCUCUCUCGAAUUCGAAAGUUAACUCCUUUGAUUCUCCCCUCAACUCAAUAUCUCGUACUGACUGAUUCUCUCUUUUUCCUUGAAAAAAGUUCCCGCCACCGCCCAAACCCUAACCCUAAUCCGGAAAAGGAUGGAUCUUUUUGAUCGUCGACGCCGCCAUCCGGGGAGACGCAGGGACAGGGAACUACCUGUUCUUGAUUUCCCCAUCACGCCGGCGAGCUCCACCGCGCCUUCGAGAUGGGGGCGCUAUCGGCAGAUUCUUGACGAUCUCUUUCUUAGCAUCAACGACGAUGGCGGCAAUGCCGCCAACAAGCAGAGGAAAAGAUGUCGCAGAGAGAAAGAACCAGUGGAAAGUAUCAUCAGUGCCGGUCAGAUUCUCGACGCGCCUGGUCUCCAGGACGGCGAUCAUCUAAACCUCCUCGAUUGGAGCCCUAGCCGCAACCUGGCGAUCGUCCUCGACGACGUCGUGCACUCUCUGAACCCUGGCACCUCCGCUCAUGAGAUCGUCUUCGACUACAUGGGCAGUUCAAUUUCGAGCCUCAGCUGGGCUCCCGACGGCCGCCACCUCGCCGUUGGAAUGCACGAUUCGCUGAUUUACAUAUGGGACGUCGAACGAAAGUGCCCGACGAGGACUUUGAGAAAUGUGCACUGCAGAUCAUCUCGAGUCGGGUCUCUAGCUUGGAAAUGUGACAACAUACUGACCUCAGGAGGCUCAGACGGCAGAGUUGUCAACAGCGAUCCCAGGAUGCCGUCUGCAGCCCACGUUGUUCAAAGCUACCGAGGACACGGGCCCGGCGACAUUUGCGGGCUCAAAUGGUCUCCUGGUCACGCAAGCUCCAAGCAACUAGCGAGCGGAGGCAGCGACGGCCUGGUUCAUGUAUGGGAUGCUCGCAAUCAGAAUCAGUGGGCUUUUCGUUUCAAGGUUGCUGCUAGAGAUGCUUCUGUCAGGGCCCUUGACUGGUGCCCUUUCAAGGGUUGCUUGCUGGCCACAGGGGGAGGUGUUGGAGGGGACGGCAAGAGCAACGGAUCGAUCAGGUUCUGGAGCACGCAAACCGGUGCUUGUGUGAGGUCGGUGAAGACCGGCAGCACCCGAGUCUGUGCUCUGAUGUGGAGCAAGAACAGCGAGCAGUUUUUGAGCUCGUGCAGAAGUACCGAUCAGGAUCACAUGACUCUCUGGGACUACCCAUCCUGUGUUAGGACAGGAGAGCUUGUGGGUCACGUCGCCCCAUACUUAGCUUUGAGCCCAGAUGGCACCACGGUUGCAUCGGCUUCGGGGGGCAUCGACUCAACGCUGAGACUGUGGAACAUUUUCCCCCCAGUUCCCAAGCCCACAUCUAGAGCGCUCUUCAGCGGUUCGUAUCAUGCACACAUCAGGUAAUCACACACGCGCACAUCAGGUAAUCACACACUCGAGCACGCGCACACACGCACACGCACCACGCGCGCAUGCAUACGCACACUUUGCUUGUUUAUUUAUUAACAUGCCAGUAGUUCGUAUAGUACUUCGUGGACACGCAUGCCAUAUCUUAAAGUUAUUUUGUUGAUUUUUCCUAACCGGUUUUUUUGAUUUUAAGAAGUUUUUCCAUAUAAACAUGCACCUUCAUCUCUUGUACAUGUUAUGCUUUUAUCUACUUGAAUUGUGCUCAGUCGAAACCAAGAAAAAACCUCGUACAGAUCUCACUGAAAGAGUUUGGUCACAAGCUGAUUACUUUGAAGCAUGAGAAGAAAGUUGUUCUAUGGAGGUGCAAGAGUUUUGCGAUGCGACUGGUGCACAUAUUCUAAGCAAGAGGUUUUAGAGCUUGGAGCUAUUCUCACUUCUCCCUCACCGAUAUCAGCAUGCACGCACCACACGCGCACGCGUACACACACUUUUGCUUGUUUAUUUAUUAACAUGCCAGUGGUUUGUAUAUUGCUUCGUGGACACGCAUGCCAUAUCUUAGAUUUCCUAAUUUAUUAACAUAUCGCAUGCCCCAGUAAUGUAUAUACUGCAUCACAGACAUACACAUGCACAUCUUUGCUUGUUCAUUUAUUCUUGCAGGCUUUGUACAUACAAUGCUAAUUCUACAGUAGCACGAGCUUUGUUUCCCAGUAAUUAUGUACAUUACCUAAUUGCAUUAGUUAAUUUUCCAAUUGGUCGUAGUUAGUCUGUUAAGUUCAAAAAUAAAGGGGUUUGCUUUCUUUGUGUGGGUGUGUGUUGGCGUGUGUAUGAGUGGAUGUAUGUGUUAUCCUUAUUUUUGUUCACAUGUUUCAACUAGUUUGAAUUAUGCUCUGAACUCUUUUUUUUUACCUUGCUAUUUCUUUCAAUUAUGCAAACUUUUUAAUUGUAGCCUGAACUCUGAAGUCACUUAAACCUGCCAACUUUUUUUCAUACUUUUACUGAAUUCAUAUAACCGAAAUUUGAAGUUUUCAACCUUGAUAAUCUUUUUCUGCACAUACCCCUGUACUGCAUCCAACUAGAGGCAUGGGACGGUAGACUUUGUUAGGAUUACAACCGUUGAUGCCAUUACUGCUUAUGGAGAAAUGUAAAGUUUUAGGGAACAAGAAUAAGAGAAAGGAUCCUGAAGAGAUUAAUGCUACAAAGUUAAAGAAAAGGUGAUGGACUGUAAGGCGCAAGAAGUGCAAGAAACUUGAACAUAAUUCAAGGAAUUGCAAGGAAGGAGGCAAAGCAAGUGCUACCGACCGCAAUAAACAUGUGGCUCAAAGCAAUGUCAGUGGUGUUUGGUGGCAACGAUAUAGGGUUUGAAGUGUUUAUGGGCUAUGUCAUACCCAACAACAUCUGAGGAGUAUGUGACACAAGACUAUCUGAGACCUUUAGACCCAACUAUGAGUGAAGGAAGAGUAGUUGAGAUUGUUUGGGGUAUGUCGAGAAGACUUUGUUCACUAAGAGGAGCAGACUUUGUUCACUAAGGGUAGCUGAGAUUGUUUAGCCAAAUUGAAGCACAUUUCAUCUCUAUGGGCUUUCAAAGGUGUGAUAGCGAGCAGACUUUGUUCACUAAGAGGAGCAGGGAAGGUAACAUCAUCAUUGUAAGUGUUUAUAUUGAUGAUUUAAUAUUUACUAGUGAUGAUAAAGUUAUGAUAUCUGAAUUCAAAAGUUCCAUGAUGAGAGAGUUGGACAUGUCAGACUUGGGGAGAUGAGAUUUUUUCUUGGCAUUGAAGUGUUGCAGAGAUCCAAUGGUAUCUACAUACGCCAAAGGAAAUACGCACUUGAAGUUAUAAAGAGAUUUGGGAUGUUGGAGAGUAAUUCAGUCAACAAUCUGAUAGUUCCAGGUUGCAAAAUCAGCAAAGAUGAAGGUGGCAUUGCAGUUGACGAGACACACUUCAAGCAAUUAGUGGGGAGUUUGAUGUAUGUCACAGCCACAAGACCGGACAUGAUGUUUGUCACUUAGUCUUAUUAGUAGGUACAUGGCAAAACCUACAGAACUUCAUCUGCAAGUAGCAAAGAGGGCACUUCGUUACUUAAGAGGGACUGUGAAUUUCGGAAUCCACUACAAGAAAGGAGGAAGUCAUGAGCCACUGACCUAUACGAAUAGUGAUUAUGCCGGAGAUGAUGAUGAUAGGAAAAGUACAAGUGGAUAUGUAUUUUUGCUAAGCUCAGGUGCAAUUUCAUGGAGUUCGAAAAAGCAGCCGAUUGUGACUCUAUCAACCACAGAGGUAGAGUUUGUGGCUGCGGUUGUGUGUGCUUGUCAAGUUAUUCGGGUGAAGAGAAUUUUGAGGGAGUUUGGCAUUCUGAUGGAGGUUGUACUGAUGUGAGAUGUGUCAACAACUCAACUAUCAGGCUGUCUAAGAACCUGGUUAUGCAUGGCCGCAGCAAACACAUUCGUGUGAGGUACCAUUCCUUCAGAAAUCUUACCAAGGAGGGUACAAUUGCAUUGGUUCAUUGUGGAAGUUAAGAUCAGGUUGCAGAUUUGAUGACAAAACGUCUGAAGUUUGAUGCUUUUCUGAAGUUGAGGGAGCUGUUAGGAGUUCGAGAAGCUCCUAAUAUUAACUAACUGCAAAUUGCAGUGAGUUUAAGGGAAGGAUUGAAGGGUAUUAUGGUUUCCUGAUGAUACUAGAAAUGGUGUUGAUAAGGUCUUCAGUUUCAGUUUAAUAAGUCCUAUUGUUUAGGAGGUUGUUUACAACUUUGACCCUUUCUGUCGGGUUUUCUGUUAUUGACACUUUCAUGUUUCAGUUACCACAAUCUGUUUAGUGGGUUGCUUCCUUGCUUUCUGUUAGUACUUGUAAAGGCUAUAUAAAGCCAUCGUUGUUAUUCAAUAAAACACGAGUGAUUCAAACA